CGUUUGCUUUUAUAGGAAUUAAUUCUAUGAAUAAUUCUGAAAAAAGGAAGGAUAUGGUUUCUGAAGACUUGUAGCCUGCGCAGUCCACAUUCUUUUAUCCCACCUUUGCAUGUUCAAAGCGUGUCGGUACAAAACAGCCAAUAUUCUAUAUGCCCUAAUUCUUUGAGUGGAAUGUGUGCGAUAUCAGGAACUGCUGGACUUAAAAUAGUGAUAAUAUCUUUGCUUUUAUUGUUAAUAUACAUUUUGCAGUAUACUACCGUUCUAAAAGAUACGUAUUCCUCAGUGUUUAAUAACAUUGUCACAAAAAAUGCAGACAAUAGCACUGUGGAUCACUACAGAAAACAAAACCGAACACAUAUAAAAGCUAAUGAAAAUGCAAAUAUUGAAAAACUCCUACCGUACAAACAAAUGUUUACUGAUAUGCAUAACUUCAAACACGCGGGGAAGAACAGUCGCAAAUCACAAUAUAAUUCAAUUUUAAAAGGACCACUCAAUGUUUCGAAUGGUGACGUAUAUCUAACCCGUCAAGACCCUUUCGUAAAUGUGACGUCAUUUAAUUCUAACAAAGGAGAACAAUAUGAUUUAAUUAACAAACAGUUCUUUAUUCAUAACAGAAAUGUUAAGGAUAUCAACUGCCACGGGAUCAUCGAUGGAAGGGAUCUGGAAAUUAAUCGAGCUUUAUCCAUUAACGUUAAAGACAUACCUCUGUUGGCACCUAAACAUUACAUAGAAAUAACUAAGAACUGUACUUCUUUUAUCAACGACAGAGGAUAUAUCACACAUCAUCUGACGGAAGAAGAGAGAAACUUUCCUAUUGCCUACAGCAUUCUUAUGUAUAAAAAUGCAGAACAAGCUGAAAGACUUUUACGAGCAAUAUACAGACCACAAAAUAUUUAUUGUAUACAUGUGGACUCUAAGACAAAUGAUAUGAUUUAUAUGGCAAUGUCAAGCAUUGCAAACUGUUUCCAAAACGUUUUCUUAUUAAAUGAGAGAGUCAACGUUAAAUGGGGUAAAAUAUCUGUAUUGGAACCCGAACUUCUGUGUAUGGAACAAUUAUGGAGGAGAGACAAAACAUGGAAGUAUUUCAUAAAUCUCACGGGACAAGAAUUUCCACUGAAAACCAAUUAUGAGCUAGUGCAGAUUUUAAAGGCAUACAAUGGGUCCAAUGACGUAGAAUCGACUGUUACAAAGUAA